AUGUCUGCAAUCAGAAAAAUAAUACAACGGCAACUCUUUCAAAAAGACGAUGAACGCAUUCAAGCUAUAGUUAACGUAUCAAAAUUGGAUGGAAAGAAAAAGAAAAAUCAGACACUUCUCUGUUUGGCAGUUACUAUCGAGCACCCAAUCGCUGUUCGUUUGUAUUUCGUGAAAGGAGAGAAAGAUGAUACAUUCAAAAAGAAGGACCGUUUCAAUCUCCGAGAAGUGAGAGAAAUCGAUGGUAUUAAUCCAAAGAAGCCCUCUCCGGAGUUUCAUAUUACUAUUGGCGACCGUCAAUAUGUCAUUCUAGCUGGAUCUGCUGAAGAGAAAGAUGAUUUCAUUCGAGAACUAUACAAGCUCUCAUGCCAAUAUCUCCCAGUGCAAAUGCCUGAUUUCUGCAACUUCUCGCUUCCUCAACUUGAGGCAGAGGCUUCAAUCAUUCCGAUUGAACUCCCCGAACACGAUAUUGCCAUGCAAAGUGACUAUCAACCGGUAUCCAACAAAGAAGAUGCAGAUUUCCGGAAAUUGAUCGAACGGGCUGAGCUGACCAUAGGCGAUGCCCAUGUCUUUGCAGAAAUGCUGACUGAACAGUUACAGUCUCUCGAUGGAGCCAACAUUAAUUCUAUGAUGGACAGUGAGAACUCGGUAAACCAAUUGCUUUCGAGUAUUGACGCAGCGUUGACUGGUGUGGAAUCGGUGGAAAAGGAAUUGGAUCGAUGUGAUGAUAUUCUUGCGUUUGUGAGAAACAGCAUCGAGCUCAUCGAAGAGAAAGAUAGCUUGUCAGUUGUGGAGAGAAAGAACAAACAACGUCUCAAUGAAGAAGUAAUUUCGUUUGUUAAAUCAUUGGAAGCGGUCACAGAUGCACAUAUCGACACUUUGAAACAAGCUAACUUUAGUAACCCAGAGAGUGUGCAACGGUGUACGGACGCUGCACGAGCAGUGGCUCACUUCUGGCACGGACGGUUCUCUAAGCCGAUGCUUCAGAUGAAAGCUUAUCAGGACAGAAACGAUGAACUCACUGCAAUCGAUGUGUUUGUGGACCGGCUUAUGUCGCAUCUCUCUGCACUUUUCUCAAACUUGAACGACCUCUCGUUGGAUCAUGAAUGGCAUGAGUUGUGCAUCCCCAAGCAAUCUCAGAGGUUUCGUGCUCUUUCACCACUGUCUGAUUUGAUCAAUUGGCUCAAAACAAACCGUCCAAAAGCAUGCAGUUUGGUCCUACAAAAGUAUAUUGACAGCACUAACCUCCUCUACAAACGACUGUUCGACAACUUCUUUGACACUCUCAUCAGCAAAGUGCCAAAGGCAAUUGGUUCCGAGAAGAAGUCAAAAACAUCAGAUUCUGCAAACACAUCUCUUCGCUCCGAUAACCAAAGUUUCCUGAGCACUUCCAGUGAAAUCGACACUGAGGUUCUUCCACAACUCAUUGAGACCGUGUUAGCUGAGUUGAGUGCUGUCAUUGAUGCCGAGCAGAAAUUUGUUGUCCGUUUCUUCCACAUCAACUCUGAACUCCUUGCUCAAUUUGACACGACUUCCACUGGGAGUGGAGAUAGCUCGAGUCUCGGAGGAGGACGAAGCAUGGAGAAACAUAUGAACGAACAAGUCAGACAUGUAAUGGGAAAUCUGUUUGAUUCUCUCAACAUCCAUCUUGACAGUUUCUGUAGAGCAGUUUGCAGACACAAUCCAAGCAAUGUUCUCCUGUUGUUCGUCAUCAUGUCAAAGAAAGUUUUGCUUCCACAGGACCCAAGUUCUUACUUUUCAAUCACCUUUGGAAGUUUAGUGGUAUUGAUCAAGCGUCAAUUCGAUGCGUUUAUUCAAAUGGAAUGUGGCCAAUACUCGGAGGUUCGAAUUGCGAAGAAAACAAGAAUCGGGAUUCUUCCUUCAAUUUCUCGCUUUGCGAACUUUGUUCGACGUGCCGAGAUCAUAUUUGAAAACGCUGAGAGACGUACCGAUUUGGAAAAAGCAUAUUUCAACUUGUGUCGUGCAGUUUGUGACGGAAUUCAGAAAGCAGCUGCAAAUCCUUACAGCAAGUCCCCGUCAUCGGUUGUCAAGUUUGAGAAUUACCAGGAACUGUGGUCUACUCUCUCCGAGUUGAAAAUCUCAUGCCUUGAACAACAGCGUAAAGAUGCAAAAGCCCUCAAGGAAGAGCAUAUUGAUGCUUAUGUCAAGGAGUUUAUGGGCCGACCACUGAAAGAAAUUCAGACAUUCUUCGAUAACGUGAACAACUUCAUUGAGAAGAAAGGAAUUCGUCCGGAGGAAAUCUCAUAUCAGCAACAAUUCAGCAGAAUUGAACUGAAAAAGGUCAUUUCCCAACACCCUGGAAAAGAAGUCAAGAAAGGGCUCGAGCAAUUGUACAAGAAGAUUGAGAAGAACUUGGUUGCCAACUCUUCCCUUCUUCAAGUUGUCUGGAGAGAUAUGCAAGAACAGUUCAUCAAACAGAUUGCCGAGUACAACAAAUUGAUUCUCACCUGCUACCCUGCAUCUAAAAUUGAACUGGAAGUAUCGACAGACAAUGUACUCCAGUUCUUCUCCGAAAUCGCUCAACAACACUGA